AUGUGUAAAGCAGAGACUAAAAGUAAACCAUUGAAAUUAAAACUGAAAGUGUUACAUGUGAUCAGAUUAAUUGCUGCGAGUAUAGUGAGAUUCAUCUUUAGUUUAUACUAUGGAGUUGAAGGUGAGAAAAUACCACCGAUUUAUGAUGACAUCCUAAAACAGCCGGCCAUAGUUGUGGCAAGGAAAAUCCGGUAUAAAGAAAUCACAAGCGUGGAAGUUCUGGAGGCAUGUAUAAGGAGAAUUAAAGAUACAAAUUCUGCUCUAAACUUUUUCGUCCAAGAUCGUUAUGAACUCGCUUUAAAGGAAGCACAGGCUGCUGACGAGCUCGUACGAAGCGGUUCAAAGACCACAGCUCAGUUAGAAGAAGAGAAACCGUUCUUAGGCGUCCCAUUUACUACCAAAGACUGCAUCGGCGUUGAAGGUUUACAACAAACUUCCGGUGUAGUGCACCGAAAGGACUACGUCUGUGACAAAGAUAGUGAAGUCAUUAUGUUGUUACGUGAAAAAGGCGCCAUUAUCAUCGGUCUAACGAAUGUACCUGAACUUUGCAUGUGGUGGGAGACUCACAAUCACAUACACGGAAAAACCAAAAAUCCUUACAACACCACAAGGAUAGUUGGCGGAUCAUCAGGAGGUGAAGGGUGUUGUCAAGCAGUUGGUGGCAGUGUGUUUGGCAUUGGCUCAGACAUCGGUGGUUCAAUUAGAAUUCCCGCUUACUUCAAUGGAAUCUUCGGUCACAAACCAUCACGCAACAUUGUCUCUAACAAAGGACAAUAUCCUUAUCCAGAGACGGACUUUGUAAAUUCAUUUUUAGGCAUAGGGCCCAUGACUAGAUAUGCAGUAGAUAUGAAGCCGAUACUGAAAAUUAUAUCUAGGGAAAAUGCUGAAAAGCUCAAGUUGGACCAACCUGUCGAAAUAAAAAAAUUAAAGUUUUAUUACCAAUACAGUGCAUCUGCACCCUUGGUAGACCCUGUAGACCCAGAGAUUAAAUCAGCUUUAAAGAAGGUUACUGAAUUCUUAAAAGAACAGCACAGUUUAGAAGCAGAGGAAAAGAAAAUACCAUUACUUCGAAAGACUAUACCUAUUUGGCUAACAAACAUGAAAAGUCCGAUAAAAUUUGGAGAAUACAUCUUGGAGAAAGACAGUUUUGGAGCUGUAUGUAAAGAGAUCGUGAAAAAUUUAUUUGGACUUUCUCCCAACACGUUCAUUGGUCUAAUUCUUGCUUUGUUAGAUCACACUGGUCCUGAAAAGGAUAGUAAAAAAUAUGGACAUUAUCUUGAGCUGCGAGAUAACUUGGAGGCUAUCUUUACUGAAAUGCUUGGUGACAAUGGAGUGUUUCUUUAUCCUACUCAUCCAACAACAGCCCCAUAUCAUAAUGAACCAUUGUUCAGACCGUUUAACUUCUGUUACACAUCUGUCUUUAACUGUUUAGGCCUGCCAGCUACCACUGUGCCUUUGGGACUAAGUAAAGAUGGCCUUCCAAUUGGAAUACAAGUUAUAGCAAACUAUAAUCAGGAUAGAAUAUGCCUUGCUGUGGCUGAAGAACUAGAUCGAGCAUUUGGCGGUUGGGUAGAACCUCAAAAAGCGUAG